AUGGCCAAGGUUGCUUCAAGUGGUGACAUUCUUCCUAUUUCCGAAGCCAAAAAUGAGCUCACUAAGUAUGAGCACUCUGAUGGUCUUAGUAUGAAUGAGCUUAUUGACUCACGCAAGAAUGGCGGUCUCACGUACAACGACUUUCUGGUGCUGCCGGGCUACAUCGAUUUCCCUGCGUCCAAGGUGGAUCUUCGUACGCGUGUGACCAAAAACAUUGUCCUUAACACACCGUUUAUUUCUAGUCCUAUGGACACGGUGACAGAAGUGCAAAUGGCUAUUUCGAUUGCAUUGAUGGGUGGUAUGGGUGUCAUCCACAACAAUAUGUCGCCGCAAGAACAGGCAUCGAUGGUCCGGAAAGUCAAGAUGUUUGAGAAUGGAUUCAUUACAGACCCUAUGGUACUAAGCACGCGCGAGACUGUUGGCGAUGUGCUGGAGAUCAAGGAGCGUCUAGGCUUUGCUGGCAUUCCCAUCACAGAGUCGGGCUCAUUGAAGAGCAAGCUGCUGGGUAUUGUGACAGCGCGUGACAUUCAGUUCCGCGAUCCCUCUACGCCUCUUGUCGAGGUGAUGACGCGCGACCUUGUCACGGCGCCUUUGGGUGUAACGCUGGAAGAGGCCAAUCGCAUUCUUCGUGACAGUAAGAAGGGCAAGCUUCCGAUUGUAAAUGAAACAGGUGACUUGGUUGCAUUGCUUGCUCGCUCAGACUUGCUGAAGAACCAGGACUAUCCACUUGCUUCGAAGAGUCCUGAAAGCAAGCAGCUGUACUGUGCUGCAGCCAUCGGCACUCGCCCCCAUGACCGCGAGCGUCUAGCGAUGCUGGUCGAAGCUGGCCUCGAUGUCGUUGUUCUGGACUCAUCGCAAGGCAACUCGGUGUUCCAGGUCGACAUGAUUGCUUGGAUUAAACAGACAUAUCCCAACCUCCAGGUGGUGGCCGGUAAUGUUGUUACUCGUGAACAGGCUGCGACGCUCAUUCAUGCUGGUGCUGACGCUCUUCGUGUGGGUAUGGGUAGUGGCUCGAUUUGCAUCACUCAGGAAGUCAUGGCUGUAGGACGUCCCCAAGGCACAGCUGUGCGUCAAGUGGCUGAGUAUGCCAAACGCUUUGGCGUGCCUGUGAUUGCUGACGGUGGUAUUCAAAACGUGGGCCACAUUGCCAAAGCGUUGUGUCUAGGUGCAAGUGCUGUGAUGAUGGGCGGUCUUCUCGCUGGUACGACGGAGAGCCCCGGUGAAUACUUUUACCGUGAGGGCCAGCGUCUAAAAGGAUAUCGCGGUAUGGGCUCAAUUGAGGCUAUGGAACACCAGAGCAAGAAGCGCCGCUUCGACGGUUCAACGGGUCGAGCUUCGAAGAAGGUGGAUGAAGUCACCGCUAACGCCGCCAAUGAGAACGCCGCAACACAACGCUACUUCUCCGAGAGUGACGCCGUUAAAGUCGCCCAAGGUGUCUCCGGCUCUGUACAAGACAAAGGCAGUGUGACCAAGUUCCUGCCAUACCUCUACACCGGCCUGCAGCAUUCUCUCCAAGACAUGGGUGUUCCUAGCGUCGAUGACCUGCGCGAUAAUGUGAUGUCUGGAAAGGUGCGCUUUGAGCUCCGUACCGCCAGUGCGCAAUUGGAGGGCGGUGUGCACGGCCUCCAGCACUAUGAAAAGCGCUUGUUCGUAGGAUCGUGA